AAAGAAAGAAGUACAUAACUAAUGCCUUGGGCCACUAAUCAAAGAAAGAAGUGCCACUUGUUAAUAACACCCCUUUACUGUCAAAACUCCAAAAAAACGGCUCCCGCGGUGUUAUCAUUCCUAUAUUUGAAGUGAGAGAGAACCAUCCGCCUUCUCUGUCUCUCUCUCUCUCUCUCUCUCUUCCCUUUUAUCACCACCUUUGACAGACAUACAAGAAAAAAACACCUGUUUCAUGCCAACCUUUUUGUUAACUAUUGUUUAAUUUUCUUGCAAUAUUGUUUUAAGCAAAAGAAGGGCUAAUCUUUCUGAUUUCUGUUUUGCUUCUUCAUCGCUGGGGUGGGACGCCUGUUCGGCGUUCGUUUUCCAGCGAUGAACAGCUUUAAAAAUCCUUUCCAAGGUAUUGUUCAAGACUUUAAAGGGCGAAAGGCAUGUUACCUGAAUGAUUGGAGCAAUGCACUGUGUACAGGCCCCAGGAUACUGGCUCCCACCACCUAUAUUUUAUUCGCUUCUGCUCUUCCGGUUAUUGCCUUCGGAGAACAACUUAGCAGAGAAACAGAUGGAAGUCUGAGCACAGUGGAGACCCUGGCUUCGACUGCUAUGUGCGGUAUCAUACACUCAUUGAUCGGUGGCCAGCCAUUGUUGAUUCUGGGAGUUGCAGAGCCAACUGUCAUAAUGUAUAGUUAUCUGUACAGUUUUGCAAAAAAAACUGAUGCCAUUGGACAAAAGCUGUACUUGGCUUGGGCUGGAUGGGUAUGUGUGUGGACAGCUUUUCUACUCUUCCUUCUUGCUAUAUUCAAUGCUUGUACCAUCAUCAAUAGAUUCACAAGGGUUGCAGGAGAACUUUUCGGCAUGUUAAUUGCUGUCCUUUUCAUUGAACAAGCUGUGAAGGGGAUUGUAGGUGAAUUCAAAAUUCCUGAAGGUGAAGAUCCAAAGUUGGAAAAAUAUAGUUUUCAGUGGCUAUACACAAAUGGGCUGCUAGGGAUCAUAUUCAGUUUUGGAUUACUCUUCACUUCUUUAAAAAGUAGAGGUGCAAGAUCUUGGCAGUACGGGACAGGAUGGUUUCGCAGUUUCAUUGCCGACUAUGGAGUUUCUUUAAUGGUAGUAUUAUGGGCAGCAUUAUCAUUUACCAUACCAGGCAAAGCUCCUUCUGGAGUUCCUAGGAGACUACAAAGUCCUCUUCCGUGGGACUCUGCAUCCUUGGAGCAUUGGACUGUAGUCAUGGAUAUGCUGAAGGUCCCACUACCAUACAUAUUUGCUGCCUCGAUACCUGCUGUCAUGGUUACUGGUCUUUAUUUUUUUGACCAUAGUGUUGCUUCACAAUUGGCACAACAGAAAGAUUUCAAUCUGAAGAAACCCUCAGCUUAUCAUUAUGAUAUCUUAAUCCUGGGUGUUAUGACUCUGAUCUGUGGAUUACUUGGACUCCCUCCCUCUAAUGGGGUGCUCCCACAAUCUCCUAUGCACACCAAGAGCUUAUCCGUUCUUAACAGACAGUUGAUUAGGAAGAAGAUGGUAAAAAGGGCUAAGGAAGGCAUGAAACUAAAUGCGACCAACUCUGAAAUCUAUGGCAGGAUGCAGGAGGUGUUCAUAGAAUUAGAGAAAACUCCGCCUCCUUCAGCAGCUAAAGAGCUGCAGGACUUGAAGGAUGCAGUUAUAAGUGAGGAUGGAGGGAUUACAAGCGGUCGCUUUGAUCCUGAAAAGCAUAUUGAUGCUUACUUACCUGUCCGAGUUAAUGAGCAAAGACUUAGCAACUUCCUCCAAUCAGUUCUUGUGGGAGGAUCCUUACUUGCUAUGCCUAUAAUCAAGAAGAUUCCAACAUCAGUUCUCUGGGGCUAUUUUGCAUACAUGGCCAUUGAUAGUCUCCCCGGAAGCCAGUUCUGGGAAAGAUUAUUACUGCUUUUUGUUGCUCCUAGCCGGCGAUACAAGAUUUUGGAAACAGCACAUGCUUCUUAUGUAGAGAGAGUGCCCUUUAAGUACAUAGCUACUUUUACGCUCUUGCAGCUUGUGUAUCUUCUUGUUUGUUUCGGAAUAACUUGGAUACCUAUCGCUGGAAUCUUGUUCCCCUUGCCAUUCUUUCUGCUCAUAAGUAUAAGGCAGCAUAUACUUCCCAAAUUCUUCGACCCCCUUUACCUUCGGGAAUUGGAUGCUGCUGGAUAUGAGGAAAUUGAGGGAGCUCCAAAACGUUGUCAUGGUGUCUCAUUCAAGGAUUCGGAUGAAGAGUCUGACUUUGAAUCAUGUGUUUCUGAGAUACUGGAUGAGCUGACCACCAGUAGAGGAGAGCUGAAGCUUAGAUCUAAAAAGUUCAGUAAUGAAAGGAACUUGCAGGUCCACCCAGAGUACGAUGCUGCAGAGAGUGAGGACAGUGUUGUAAGAUUAUGAAGAAUAUUUGUAACUUUGAUUCUUUAAACAGAAUCAGAGAAGGUGGUUGAAUACUGUAUUCAGAGUUCUUUUAUCUGUAUUAAUGAGAAAAUACAAGAAAGAAACAGAAAAGGAGAUUACAAAAAUGAGGAUGCAACACACAAAGGAGAAAGAAGCAUACUUCUUUUUUACUAGGAUGUAGUAUAAUUAGAUAAUCUUCUUAUUCAGAUUAAUCGUUAACUCUGCCAAAAAGAAAAAGACACCUGUAUCUUUAAUGAGGUAGAGGAGGAAAGGUUGGCAGGCAAAAGGAUAGAAAAUGGAAUGAUUUUGAUAAAAUACUUGAAUAGAUGCAUAUAUUUAUUUAUUGGAAAAAGGUUAUAUAUUUUUUAUAUCUUA